UUUUCUUUGGUUCAGUAUUCUCGCCAUUGUCAUCAUCACUGAUAGCAUAGCCUUAUUAAUUUUAUUAUUGUCAUUAUGGCUAAAAUGUAGAUAAUGUCAAUUUGUGUAAAGUCCUAGUGAUCUUAUCUCAAAAUUGAAUAUGUUUCAGUCUUUUAGAAUAACAUACAAUAUCUAGAAGUAUAAAACACUGUUGUGAUGAUACGGAACAAUUUCAAUGUCAAUCUAUUAUUAAGAUUAGUCAUUCAAGAUUUGGAUCAUUGGUAGUAGAAAUAUGCAAAGUGUCAAUUGUGGAAAACGUUUCUCUAUCGAUGAUGCGUUUGAAGAAGAAAAUGAUGAAGCUAUCAAAGUGUACGGUUCUACAACUGAACGUUCUCCAUUAAAACCUAAAAUUAGGAAUAAUAUCAUGUCUCUUGAUGAUUCAGUUUUAGUUCAUGUGGACGUUCCCAGACAUUGUUCUCCAAAUGCUAGAUUUAAAAAUACCGAUGAUACUCUUUCAGUGGACAGCGAUACACCCAUGCACGAUGACUAUUAUACUGGAUUAUUUGAUUCUACGCAGCAGACGUGUUGGGAACAUCCAAAAAUCAGGGAAAACUGGAAAGUAGUACUUGGAGCAUUUCUUUUGCUGUUUGUUGGUGCAGCUCUCCUGACUACAGCUGUGAUUGUCGUCCUCCUGCCCAGCGAUGAAACAGGACUUCAAGGAUUAGUCUUCUUCAUUGCGGGAUUCAUCUGCUUCAUACCGGGGGCUUAUCAUGUAGUCUAUAUAUAUCUAGCUGUAAAGGGCACAAGAGGAUAUGAUUUCUACCAUCUGCCCCUUUUCAAUUGAAAAGGUUGGAAAAAUUGGAAAGUUGAAAACUUCUCAUUGUAUGUAAGAAACAAUCAAUAACUUCUCGAUUGUUUGAGUUUAUUAAGCGGGUAAUUAACCAGUGA